GGCGGGUCUGAGUCCGCGCCCUGGCUCCCGGGGGUGUUCCCACAGUUGGCAGCCCAGGACAGCGGGGCCACAUCCCUGCUGCGGGCCGGGUGCUGCUCGAGGGCCGCCGAACGCAGCCCUGGGGUGUGCCCGGGCCAUGGCCAGGGAGAAGUCGCCCGGGAGGGGCUGCAGCUCACUGAGCCGGUGUCUGCUGGGCGCCGCGUUGCUAGUGGGCCUGCGGCUCUGCGCGGAGCUGCGGCGCGCCGGGCCCCGACCCCCAGCCCGCAGCGCCCCGCCGAAUCCCGCACCCCCGCUGCCCGCGGCGCACGUGCGGCCCGCGCCUGGCCCGCCGCGCGGGGCCAGCCGGAGGCAGGUGACCUACGUGCGCAGCGGGCGCCGAGCGCCGCCGGGGGGCGGCGGGAGCGGUACGCCGGAGCCGGGCUGCUGCGCCCCGCGCGGGAGCCCCCGCCGGAAGGGUCCCCGGUGGCACAUAGACCUCCAGCCUUGGGCAGGCCCCGCUCAGUCCCUGGAUGAAGAAGCCUUGAGGUUCCUGAGAUAUAUCAGCACCACCCAGAUUGCAUGUGAUCACAUGAGCACAGGCAGCCCGGCCCCCGACGCCAGCCCUGCAAAGAAGCCCUGGUCAGUUUGUCUUGAUGACAGGUUUGGCUUAGCUCAUCAAAUCCGCAACAAGCAGUGCCGUCUCUACUCUUUAGGGCUGGGGAGUGAUGAUACCCAUUUCGAGGUUAGCAUGGCCAACAGUGGGUGUGAAGUGCAUCGUUUCGACCCUAGCGUUAAGUCAGCUCACAUUCUGGAGAGUCAGCACCUUUGGUAUCACCGCUUGUCCAUCAACUGGCGCGACCCCCAUCCAGCUGUUGCUGCCCAGAAACUGCACAGCAACACCAGAAAAUUAGGAACCAUUUUGAAUGAAUUUGGGCAUCACAAGAUUGAUGUUCUCAAAGCAGAUCUGGAAAGUGCAGAAUGGAAAGUUUUGGAAAAUCUUAUUCUGGAAGAUGUCCUUGAGCAAAUUGGACAGCUCCUCUUCGAGAUCCAUCUCCACUGGCCUGGGUUCGAGGUUGGUGGCAGUGACAGCAGUGUGGUGCGGUUCUGGUACAGCCUCCUCAAAGAGCUGGAACGAAAGGAUUUCAGGCUUUUUCACAGUUACAAAGAUUUAUCUAAACCUCAGCUAUUCCUGAAGAAAGACAUUUUCAAUGCAAGUAGCUGUUAUACUCUCAGCUGGGUAAAUACAAGGUGGAAAUAGGCUGCAAGGCCUCAUCAAGAACUCGAGGAAAUAUCUACAGAGUGGAGUACGUCUAUGAUUCUAACUAUCGUUUUACAUGCGCAGCCUCCCACUGGGCUGUUGCCUGCUCUAGGCAGACAUGGUCAUUGCCUUUGUGGUACAGGCAGCCUGGUGCCUGCCACGUGGCCAGGACAUGUCAAUGUGUUAACAUGAGGGUGGACGAGUAGUGGACAAGGAGUCAGCCUUCAUCUGCCCAGACCCUUUGCCUGUUUGCCUCCAACACAGUGGGGAUGCUCAUCUGCCUUCACUUGGAUUUGGAAGAUGAUCCUCUGCUUACCUCAGUUUUCUCUAAAAUUCAUUAUGUAUCAAUAAUCCAGGAAUUCAUCAACAUAGAAAGGAAAUUGUACAAAUUUUCUGUUUUUAUGGGGUUGAUGGGAUUCUUAAGUUUGCAGCCUGUUGUUUAAAGUAGGAUCUUUCAUUUGACUUGAACUCACCUCUUUCAUGUUCACCCUGUUCACCUGGUGAUAACGUGCUGUCCACCUUGUAGAUUUCAAUCACCCCUCCUCAGCCUUUGCUGAGGCCAUGUUGGGGUUUUAUAAAACCACUGACCCUAGUCUCUGGGAACUGAGACACGCCAAAUUCUCUCACUGAGUUUAGGAGUAGACUAUCAAGAGCUGCAACUCGAUGUCCUUUUCAUAGGAGCCUUAAAUCCCCUUCUACUCCUAUGAACUAAGCAGAGAGCAGAGUUCGAGUCCUCAUUGCCGUCUCUUCUGACUUCGAACCUGAUUUCUCAAGCAGACUUGCCUUUGCUGGCAAUUCUUUUUUCCCCCUAAAUAUAUUAUCUCAAAGAUUAAGUGAGUAUUUCUUUACUGCCAGUUGGUAUGUGGUGGUCUGAGGGCCAGAGUCUCUUUCCUGGGGUGGUUACAUGUCUUUCAGUAGUACCAGUCCUUUUGACUUUUUAAAAACAUAGUAAGCAGAAAAGUCAGAUUCUCAAUCAUUCAAAUAAUCUUUUUCAUUUCUAUUCUCUGGAUUAGACAUUUAUCCCUAUGAAUAAUUUUCAAAUACCUAUUUCAAAUAAAUUAAUUAAAUACUGUAUUUUUCAGACUAUAAGACGCACCUAGGUUUUAGAGGAAGGAAAUAGGAAAAAAAACUGAAGCAAAAAAUGUGGUAGAAUAUUGAAUAACAUAAAUAACACAAUCUUUCACCAAUGUAAAUGUAAACAGAACUCAACACCAGCAUUAACAACCAUUAUUACUCCCAAAUUUGGGGGAAAAAAGGUAUGUCUUAUAGUCAGAAAAAUACAGUAGUAUAAAGUGAACCAAAUUGUUACCUAAUUAUAAGUUAAAAUUUAUAAUAAGUUACCUUAUUAUAAAUUUUCUGACACUUUUUACAUCCUGACAGAGCAGGAAAAUCAUAUAUACAUGUUUGUUCAAGAAAUUUGGGGGAGAAUACUGAUUAGUACUAAACUUUAUACCUUUCUCUCUCUCUCUCUCUUUUUUUUAACCUAUUUCUACCCCAGACAUUCCCUGGGCUUUUUGUUUCUUGCAAUGGUUUGAAAAUACCAUUCAUUCCUCAAGUGAGAAACCAAAAUGUAUUAGAGUUGUAUGAUUUCAUUAACUUGGGUUCAAAAGAAAACAGGACUUUCUGAAUUAGUGAUGAUUUUUAAAAAUAUAAAUGAGGUUUUUACUUGAAAACCCAUAGUGCACUUAUAAGUCAUCAAUGGAGGAGAAUAAGUGAGAUUUGUGAUAGCAGUUCAGUGGCUUUCACCAUCCACGGGGACAUCAAAAGUACCAAGGACCCACAAGAACUCUAAAGGGACACCGUCUGCUUGCAUGGCAUGGCCUCCAAAACAAAGUUCACUUAAGCACACUUCCUGUUUGGAUUAUGCCACAGACUUUCUUUUAUUUCUUUCCCUAAAAAUGUUAUGCAUUGAAGCAUAUACAAUAAACCUUUUUAUACAUUAAACAUUUUCAACCUUCUUAUACACUAAAGUAUGGAGUAUACUGAUCUUAUGUGUCUCGAUAUGUACCCAUCCAUAUCGAGAUUUUUAAUUCAUGGGAUUAACGGUUCAUGGCAUUACUAAAAACCCCCUUUGUGAGGGCCAAGUUCCCAGUUAUCCCAGAUUGGUAGUGCAGAACACUGACUUCAGCGCACCACACACGCAUGUAUCUGAAGCAAGGGUGGGUGUACUGCUAAAAAAAAAAAAGACAAAAUCACAAACACACCUACCACACCCACCUACUAGGCAGCCUGUUAAAUAGUUACAUGUACUGAUUUUAUGCUCAUUUCUAAGACUGUCCUUCAUUCCCUUUAUGGAGAGUUUGAAAUUUAUGAUGAAUUUUCUGACUGUUGCUAUGGUUUCUCUGCCUCUAGAAUUUAUUGUGAUUACUGUGUUGGCCAGGGCUUCUUAACCUUGGCACUACUGCCUUUCUGGACUGGAUAAUACUUUGUGGGGGGGAGGGAGGAAUGUGCUGUGCAUUGUAGGAUGUUUAGCAGCCUCUUUGACCCUCCCCACUAGAUGCCAGGAGCACCUUCCCCCAUCCCUUUUCAGUUGUGACAACCAGAUAUGCUCCCAGGCAGUGCCAAAUGUCCCCUAGAGGCCAGAAUCCUCCAUGGCAGAGAACUGGUGUCAGCCAUGAGAAAUGGUCUAGGUUACCACAGCACUGGUGUUUAGGGAGAUCCUGCUGUCGAAGAGCAGGCAAAAUCACCCCAAAAGAACACAAAAAUCAAGAGCUACUAUUUACUGAGCACUUACUAUGUGCCCAGCACUGUAAUAGAUUAUUCCUAAUUCUCCCAACAACCUACAAAGUAUAAUUUCCCCAUUGACAUAUACAGGUAAGGAAGCUCUGAGAGGUUAAAUAGGAACUCAUAUCUCGGUCUGUCAGAUAGCAAAGCCCAUGCUGGCCUCCUCCACAAUGCUGCCUCAACAGCUUCUAACAAAUAUAAGAUGCCACUUUCAAAGGACAUAAUUUUGCCUCCUUAUUAGUAAGUGGGGAAAAAACCCUACAAAUAUGCUAAGACCGGAUCUGCAAAUUUCUUACAGUGGGAGUUAUUUCUGUAGCAUGCAGGUUUAAUUUAAACAAUCUAUUUAAUAGAAGUAUGCCUGCCAAAUGGAGGCUUACUGAAAAAAAUACAGGGACCCAACACAUUCUCUCUGAAUAUAUUCAGAUUGCCAGAAAAGCUCUUGCAAGGCCCUGGAAGGGACUCUUGGCCCAGGCUUGUCCUAAUACUUGGCACUUUUCCUCCUGGAUUUUAGAAAGGGCACAGCCACUUGGAAGUGCGGUUCCCUUUGUUGCACAUGUUUCCAUCCUAGAAACUGAGCUCAGGUGGGAAUACUGGUGCCAUAAUUAACUUUUACCAGAGCAAUGCUCAUAAAUGAAUCUGAAAGUGCAAAUUAAAUAAUAAUGCUCUUAAAAAACUGUUCUUUUUUUCCCAGGAAGUAAGAGAUUCUUUUUCUGAGGAUAUAAGAGAUUUAGAGGUCACCUUUCAGCACAAACUCUGUUACAAUUUGAGAUUAAAGUCAAAGAAAAACAAUUUUCCCUUUCCCUGUUUCUUAGAGUGAUUGUAUUUGAUGAAGUUAUAGUAGGUUAUCAUAUAAAUAUUUGUAGGUAUUUUAAAUAUUCACAUGAAGAGAGACAGGGAGAAGUAAACACACUUCCAUUAGAAUUGAUUAAUGGUCCAUUAAUAUUUACAUCAGGGUAAAACAAAAGUAAAUUCAUGAAUUUACAGUGUUUAGUUCAAAUUGGUUAUUCAUGUAAGCAUUUCUGCCUUAGCUGUAAAAGUUUAGUGUAUAGUAAAUAUAGCACAAGAUUUGCAUUUCCUAAGUGUUAUGUGUUUGGAGUUGGCAGAGUUUGGAUUUAUACCAAAAACUAGCCUCAUCAUAUUCUUCCAGAUUAAAAAUGGAGGCCUUAUUUAAAUAGUUUAUUAUACUUGACAAUACAGUGGUACCUCCAAGCUCAGUUAAUAUAAUUGUUCUCUUCUUCUGGACAUAAAUUUAUGUUUGCAUUUUAAGCAAUAACAUAAUUUUUUUUGUAUUAGCCCAUUGCUGGCUUUUUGUGAAUUCAAUAAUACAUUUAACAUUCUGCUAAAAUGUCUUCCUUUUUCUUACAUCGAAAGAGGUAUUUGAACUUAUCACAUGAAAUCAUACCCUCAAAGUUCAGUAUAUUCUUAAACUACCUAAAUUUAGAAAUUCUUGAAAUAAUGUUAUUCAAAAAAAUAUAUCAGGCAAGCUUAAUGUCAUACUUUAUGUUCAGCACUAUAUGGAAAAAUGUUAGUUCUCAAUACCUUAAAACCAGUGCUUUGUAAAAUUGUUGACUUCAUUUUAUUGCAUAAAAUAUUUUAGGUUUUUUCUUAGUGAUUGGUUUUGUGCAAUAAGAUGAUUGAAACAAUAAGGGAUUUUUUUUUCUUGUCAAAUUUGAAUUUUAAUGCAGACUCUCAACAGGAGCCCAGUACACAUAGGACUGAUGAGCAAGCAAUAAGGGGGCAAUAGUGGUUGGUAAAUGGCUGCGGUCCUGUCAUUCUCUUCCACCGUAGUCCCUUCCCCAGGAAGCCUAGACCUCUCCAAGGUCAAGCGAUUAACACACAGCACACUAGGCAGCUUCCCGCUCUCUGCCCCAGAACAGAGGUUAGCUUCUACUCUAACUGCCCCACGUCCCAUGUUCCUGGUUGUUGGAUAUUUUGAUAUCAGCUCUGGGUGAGUAUAUAUAAUGAGCAAAAGUCCAAGUGGAUUCUAUAACAUUAAUGAAAUUGCAGUUAUGUUAAAAAUUAGCAAUUAUUUGCGCAGACAAUGUUAUUUCACAAGGAUUGAUGUCAGAUCAAACAUGGUCUCCUCAGGGGGCCUCACUCCCAUUAAAGGCCCCCAGGUAUUGUCUCUGUGCUGCCCCCUAAUCUCCCUCUAGUCACAGGCCUACUCGUUUGAUGGAUCUGCUCGUCUAAUGGUUGUCUUUCCCAGCAGACUGCAAGCUCCAUGAGGGUCAGGGCAAGUCUAUAGCCCCCAUGCCCGCCAGGUAAAAGGCGCUCAAUAAAUACUGGUUGAAUAUGAAUAAAGAAAGUUAUUUCACAUAGGAUUUUUCACCAGCAUUUGCUGAUGUGAAUUUAUUUCAUCAGCAUUUGUUACUGAAAAUUUUUUUCUGGCAUUAAAAAUAUAUUUGCAAUUUAGAUGUACCACUGUCUUUCAUCUUGGGUAAUUUAAAUUUGGACACAAUUUAUCCUUUUCUUGACAUGGUUGUUUAUUGC